AUGUGGGCCAGUAGCGGACGUCGCGUUGUGGUGAUAAACGGGCCCACCACCCAAAAAAUUCGCAGCAAAAAGGAACCAAGAAACGGCAGCCGGAUAGCAACUCCCCACCACCACCUUCCCUCUCCCUCUCCCUCUCCCUCUCCCUCCCUCUCUCACACACCCAUCAGCAAGUGCCCCUGCACACACAUCACACACACACACACACCCAGUCACACGCUGCCAUCCCUCCCUCCCCCUCAUCCCCCUCAUCCCCCUCAUCCAUUAUAUCCCCUUACACAUGUAGACGCUUUAAUCCCACAGCCAAAAGACGCGAAAUUUAUUUCGGCUGUGUGUGUGUGUCUCUCUCUCUCUCUCUCUCUCUCUCUCUCUCUCUCUCUCUCUCUCUCUCUCUCUCUCUCUCUCUCUCUCUCUCUCUCUCUCUCUCUCUCUCUCUCUCUCUCUCUCUCUCUCUCUCUCAUUUUGGCGCCGAACAUUUUUCUCUCUCUCUCUCUCUCUCUCUCACGUCUUCUCCGAAACCUGCAACAUUUGGUGGCCCACAUCACCUCCGCCAAACCCACCAAACUCGGGCAACCAUACGUUGCAGGGCCCUCGUGGCCCACUCUUGCAACGCUAUUGGUUGCCUGUGUGAAAGGUUGCUUCUCCUCAAUUAUCCCGGACGAGCACCUCCCAAAGGCCAUGAGCCGCGUGAUUCGGCGCGCCAUGCCCCCAACCGAUAACAUGUCGAUUGAACACCUUCUUAAAGAACCGGUGGCAGCGCCACGGGAACGUCGCCGUUCCCUGCCCAAUGUCGCCAUCCCCGCCAGCUAUCACGUGCCCAAAGAGCGAUCGCCUCUCGCCUCAAAAUCGAGCGUGCACAUGCAUCGAGCCUCUAGCGAUGCUGGCGACGCCCUCAAAUCUCGCUCCGUCGUAGAUGUUGCCAGCUAUCAUCGCAGUGAACAGCGCCGCCGCCGCUCCAGUCAUAGCCGCAACUACUCGGGCUCUGAUUUCGAUUUUUUGCGUGGUGAAGAGACUUCGCUCUCUCGCCUCAGUGAUGCUGGAUAUUCUCUAUCACACGGCGAUCUGUCCAGAAUCAACGGUGGAGGUGGCUCCAACAUGGUGCCGAGCACCGGCACCUCCCCCACCACCAGUCGCCUCGCUCGUCCCGGCAUUUCUCAUGGCAGCCGUCGUCGCAGCGACAGAUGGGUGUGGCUGCCGCAGCGCAGCGACGACGCUCCUCACUACCUGCCCUCGACAACUGCACGGUAUACGUGGAUAUUGAAGACUCUCAUCACUUGGUAUGCUCCCUUUAAAGACGCCGAGGGGGGCAUCAUGGGCCUGGAUGAACGAGGCUCCAAGCAUUUUGCCACCUUGCCGGACGUGCCUGGCACACAACGCCAAAAGGAACAAGUUCCGCCCUCAAUGCGACGAAGCUCUUUAGUCAUCCCACCCAUUGGCGAGCCUGCGCAACUUGGAUCUGAUUCCGAGCCCCAAAACUUUAGUGACGAGUCUGAUUCAGCAGACGAUCUUUCGUACAUCGACGCGGAGCAAUCUUUCGACGAGUAUAGUGACGAUGAGGACCGUGACCGCGAUGCUGUCGAUUCGUGCGAAGUUUCGGGCAUCGGCAUGGACGGUGUUGACGAUACUCUGCUGGGUACCGAUUUUGAUAACCAAGUGAACCUCAACCCUGACCUUAUCACCUUUGGCCAAGACUCGCUCGACGGCCCCAGUCCCACUCAACUGCUGGGCUCUGGGGGCCCAUCGUUUGGCCACAUGCAGCCCUCUCCGCCAGCCCCGCGCAGCCCAGAAAUGGCUACGGUGAGCCUUUCAGAUUCCUUGCAUUCGCACACAGUUGGCCUCGCGACCACUUUGACCCGACUCACGCCCGUGCCCUGCUCUUGUGUGCUCCGCCAAGCAGCGGAGACGCCAUUCUUUAUCCCCGCGCUCCCCACGCUCCCCCAUGCUACCUCGUGUGCCUAGUGGCGAAACGCUUGAUCUCCAAUAAACGUCGCCCGAACGCCGUAGCCCCCUAGCCCCCUGUUGCCUUUCGUCAAGCCACGUCAUUGCUGCCACGUUUUCCGCCUCUGCGACCGAGUCGCUGCUUCUAGACCCUCGAUGCCUUUCUUCAUCCCUCGUCCCCACGGGCAAUCUGAACAGUUUUUUAUUUUUUUUCUUUUCCAAUUUUGUAGUCCAUAUUUUUUGCCCCCAGGCGUUCUCCUUCUUGCCUGGUUUUCACCCUUCUGUCCCUGUUUAUGACCUGAAUAAUGGCGUCUUGCUCAUGAUUUGUGUUUUUUGCUUGUGCGUGUGGGGGUGUGUGUUGAUAUCUAUGUACAUCAUUCAUUAUGGGGUUUGUUGAUUUCUUAUGUCCAUUAUUACUAGUCUAUCGUGUGCUUCGGGUGCAAAGAGCGGUGCAAAGCACCCAUUGUCUUGGGCUUGCUUUGGCGCUGAUGUCCGUCGCAAGCUUGACUCACAUGUCAACCUCUUGCACUGCGUCUAUUCAAUUGUUGUGCCGCGCUGUCCAUGUUAUUAUUUUGUCCAUGUUGACCUUGUUCACUGCUAUUCAUUAUCGUGUUUAAUCAGGAAGCCCUUGGGAGCAACAUGCGCAACGAGCCCUCGGGGACUCGGCAAAUGUUUCAACCCUUGCCCGGCUUCGCCCUCGGGCUUUCAGGCAAUUGACCGGAACUU